AUGGUGCAAUGGCAGUACACCAGGUUUUCCAUAGGAGACCACCCUCGCACAAGCAGUGUCACCAACAUGCUCCUUCGUCUGCAGUGGCCCAUCCUUGAAGAAAGGCGAGCUCAGUACAAGCUGAUAAUGAUGUACCUUUUCAUCAUCGUCACCAUCAUCAUCACCAUCAUCAUUGUUAUGAUCAACGCCAACAUCAUUAUCAUCAUCACCAUCACCACCAUGUUCAUCAUCAACACCAGCAUCACAAUCAUUGUUGGGAUGUAUUAUCCAGACGGAACUCUUCGCCACCUAGAACUUACCUUGGAUGAUCUUGUGACAGGUAGUAACUAUGGAGUACAAGGAAGUUGGUUAUUCGAAGUCUCAGAUACAUUUCGUGAGAUAGGAAAAGUUCUAUGUGAACCGACCAACCCUUGUCUCAAUGAAGGAACAUGUGAGAACGAUACAUGCGUUUGCCCCGAGGGUUUCAGUGGAAACUUCUGUCAUUUAGAUGGAUGUGAUAACCGUUGUCUCAAUGGAGCGAGCUGUGAGCAAGGCAAUUGCACAUGUCCAGCAGGAUUCGGUGGCGAUUUUUGUCAAGAUAAACUGACAUUUGUUGAGUGUGGAAGUACUUCAAUGACCGUCAACAUAGAUGAACGGCUAGUCCCAGGUGAAGCAUCUGCUGUUCAUUUUAAAGACCGAUCCUGCUCCGGUGUAAAGAACGAUAGCACUAAUGAGAUCACUCUCACUACAGAAUACAAUCAAUGUGGCACCAUCAUUGAGGUGUAUAUUCACUGUUCAGUGAAGGUCUGUGGUGCCGAGGAGGCUCAAUUGCUUCGAGACGCAGAAUGCCCCGCAGACAUUGAACCUCCACCUCCCGCCCGCAAACGUCGAUCUUCGUCCGUUAUGUCCACUCAGACCAUCAGUAAUGGUCCGAUUCGCAUCCGUCGCUCAACCAGCGAUAUGGCUACUAAUGUGACCACAGAUGUGGCUUCCUUCAACCCUUUUGCGAUGCUCCUCCUUGGAAUGAUAGCAACAUUGGUUGCUAUGGCAAUCCUCAUGGGUGUGGUCAAGCUUGCUCGUUUCAAACCUGAUAUCAGAUACCAGCAGGUCCCAAUCGAAUCCAUGGAAGGGAUUUAGAAAAAGGGCCAUAGAAUAGAAAAUGCUCUCUUACUCUAUCGAUAAUUGAUUUGAUAUCGAAACAGGACAUCCCACAAAGUUGUCCAAACAGGGCCCCUUACUACAAUCAGCAAAAGAAAAAAAAAGAGGGACACCCGCUAUCAUUAAUUUUUUCAUAUAAAUACAACAAUACACUGCGCAAACUGCAACAGUGUAUGUCUGAUGUUCAGUUAGGCCUAAAAUAAAAACUUGUUGUAUUGCCCUUUGCGACCGACCCCAAAAUCUGAAAAACU